AUGCACUGGAUGGCAGGAGGAACAUAUACUGGAGAAGCAUUAGACUUGGCCAAGCAAACAAUGGAAGAAUCGGUACUAACCCACAAAGUAGCUGUAGUGCUGACGGAUGGCAGAUCUGAUGCACGAGACCGCAAAUCCCUGGCUUCACUGUGCACAGUACCCAACAUGAAUGUAAGUCAUUUGGAAAGUCUGUCUGUUGGAGUUAUUCAAUAGCUAUGACUUGUUGAAAAUUCACCAAAAAAGCAAUAUGGGUCGAACUGGACAAAUUCUCCAAAUCAUUUUUUUCCCAUUUCAGCUAAUCUGGCUGUAAAUUUAGAACAACAUUGAAAAUAGGCUGCAAAGCACUAAAUCAGAGCUCCCCUACAUGCCAGCUCCUGAUACCAUGCCUAUACCUAGUGCAUUACAAAAUUUAAUUAAACUAAACUCCCUUUUGCUCUUUGUAUGAAAUGCCACAUUCUCUGCUGCCAUCAUACACUUCAUAUUCCUUUUCUGUUUACACACUCAGAAUCUUCACAGAUAUAACUCAAAAUUAAUUUUACAUUUAAGGCCAAAGUAGCCUGACUGCCAGCAUAACUGGUUUAUAGACUUUGUGGCACUGACUGCAGGUCAAUGUAAGCUGUGAAAAUGACAUUGUGCACAUUGCACUUUAUUGGUUUGUUUUAUUUUAGCGUUUGCGACUGAGGUUUGCACUUUGUUCCUUUGAUGUGGCACUUUAUAGGAAGGCCACAUUAAUGUUUUGUAGUAGCUAAUAUUUCUAGAUAAAAACCAAUCAUAAUACAAAGUCUCCAUGGGUCCAAGAGAUAACACCUAAUUGGGGUUCCCUUAACCGACACCCACAAAUAUAAACAAGGUGGAGUAUCUUACAUAUAGUUCUGAAUGUUUUAGUCUUUAACCCCUUAAGGACCAAACUUCUGGAAUAAAAGGGAAUCAUGACAUGUCACACAUGUCAUGUGUCCUUAAGGGGUUAAGGGAUGUAGUUCUAUAAUUGAAACAAGGAAAACAAACACUAGCGCAAUAUUGUCUGAACAUAAAAAUAAAGUAAAUAAAAACAGGAGUUUACACUCACAAGUAUAAAGCCAGUAAGUGUUGGCUCAAUCUAUAAGUGUUGUGGGAUUUUUCAGGGUCCCACUCCCUCUUCUGUAUGUUGUAAUAUUAAACGAUCCUUGGUUGUAGUCACCACUCCAGUGAUUUUCAAAGUCCUUUAUUUGUCAAGCUCUGCAUAAAAGUAUUAAAAAAAAAAUCUGCAUUUGUGAGAUUUGUGCAUUUAUUGUUUUAAGUCACAUGUGAAAGGUAUUUCAUUUAUGCAGUUAUGUCUUAACGGGGUUACUCCAAGCACCAUGACCAGUUCAGUGAUUUGAGUUGCGGGCUGGCUAAUGUCAAUUCUGUCUAAAUUUCAUUUUACAGACUGUCAAUCAAUGGCUGAGAGCAUACAUUCGACAGUGACGGCAGCUUCACCAGACCACAAGGGAGCAUCGGAGCCCAGGCAGGGACCAAGGUGAGGGGGCAAAAUGUUGCUGAACAGUUUCCCCCCUUACCAGGGAACUGGACCAGGGUACUCCUGCUAUCAUAACCACUACAGCAAAAUUUAGUGUUUAUGAUUGGCGUAAUCAUUUUAUUAUAUAUCUUACACACAUUGUUAAUAUAUAAUAUUAUUACAUACAUAGUUGUCUAAUAUUAUAUUAAAGGAGCACUAUAGGGUCAGGAAUACAUGUUUGUUUUCCUGACCCUAUAGUGCUCCUUUAAUAUAAUAUUAGACAACUAUAGUGUUAAAACCAUCAUCUAGCCCCCUUGGCCCCCUUUGCCUCUCUAAAGACAGUACAAUCUUACUUGUAUUCAAGUCUGCAGCUGCUGCCCGUGCCUGUGAACUUUCUCUGACCUCUAACAUCAUCAGAAGUGGUGGCCUGAUCCAAUCACAAUGCUUCCCCAUAGGAUUGGCUAAGAUUGACAAGGGGACAGAGCAGCACAAUUCAAACACAGCCCUGGCCAAUCAGCAUUUCCUCAUAGAGAUGAAUUGAAUCAAUGAAUAUCUAUGAGGAAAGUUCAGUGUCUGCAUGCAGAGGGUGGAGACACUGAAUGUUUGGAUGCAUUUUAGGCAGCCAUGACCCAGGAAGGAUCUCUAAAAGCCAUCUGAGGAGUGGUCAGUGAAGUUAUCACUAGGCUGUAAUGUAAACACUGCAUUUUCUCUUUAAAGACAGUGUUUACAGCAAAAAGCCUGAAGGUAAUGAUUCUACUCACCAGAACAAAUUCAAUAUACUAAAGUUGUUCUGGUCACUAUAGUGUCCCUUUAAUAUUGUUAUGGAGUUGUGGACCACAGGAGGGUCUCUCUGUCACUUUGUCUGCCUCCUUCAGUUCACCUUGGCAUUAGCAUAGCAGUCAUUAUAGCCCUUAUCCCUAGGCUCAGUGAGGGUAAAACAAGCAAGGGUUAAUUAACACAAUACACACCUAUUUAUACUGUUCACAACAGUGGCUUAACUACCACAGUCGCAGGGCUUGCAGCGGCGACCAGUCCAUCACUCCAGGUGGCCGACCGCUACUUCGGCUGCUGUGACUGUGGGCUGCUGGCAUACCUUAAGGGCUGGUGCACUGCAGCGAGGGGUGCAACGUGCUGUACUGCUCCCUUCCUGCCCUGCGUGUAGCGUGGCCGAGCAGUCUGACAGGAAGUGCUCAAUGACCGGGGCAAACAGCAACACGAAGGGUGGGGUAAGACACAUGGAGGGGCUGCAGGGGAGGGGAGUACCUAUGUCCCCAUUCUAUCCGAUAACUGUGUAGUGACACUAUCCCUUGUAGUAUUUUUAGAGGGUUCUGGGACAGGGUCCAUAGCCUGUGUAAACAGAAGCAUCCAUUACAAAUUUUAUAUUUUAUGUGUCUCAUAUGACAUUUAUAGCAUGUGUUUGAUUAGCCAACAGAGUAAUAUACUCAUACAGAUUACACAGACAACUCAACUCACCUGAUCAUAAAGGAAGAUAUUUAUUGUGUAUAUAUUAUGACUUUAUAGCCUACACACUCAUGGAAAAUGUUUCCAUUGGUUGUAAAUGUUUUAUCAAACUGCAAUGCUGAUACAAUAAUCUGUUCAGACGUUACACCACUCUCACCUAAUCUUUUUUUACGUUUUAGUAGUUUUAGAAGCUUUUAUGUGUUGCAUUUAAGCUAUGUUGCCUGGCCGCUUUCUAUUUUUGAACUUCAACCAGUGAGACAGCUUUUAUACAUGUUUCACGUGCAAUAACUACAAAUGUUUCCUGGUUAGGUCAUUUUUCUGGUAUGCUGACAUGACAGUGGAAAGUGAGUAAGCAAGUGUGUUAUCUCUACGUUCCACAUUUUAUUUUAGGGUUUCAUCAUUAUUAAACUGGAAACUGACCUUCUGCUUCAAGUAUGUCGAGUCAUGGAUAAUAUUGUUUACAUAACGACAGCUAUGUAUUAGAAAAUACUAAACCUAUUGAAUCUCUCAAAAAAGUUAUCUAAAAGGAUAGGAAAUAUUUAAAAAAAUUACAGAUUUUUUUCUUUACAAGAAACUGAGAAACAAAUGCGAUCCUUAAAACAAACACAUUAAAGCUGGAAAGCUACUUGGAAAUUAAAAGCUAACUAUUUACAAAUUAAAAUCCCAUAUAUUAAUUCUGCCCAGAAUGUGAAACUUUACAAUCCAAAGGAUAUUGUAGAGGAGUUAGCUUUGUACUAUAGUAAACUGUACAACUUAACAGGGGAUAUAGAAACAUAUCUGCCCACACCAGAGGAAAUUAACUGUUUUCUGGAUGAAGUUCCUUUGUCGGAACAAACAAGAAGUUGGUGCCACUAGUCUGAGUGCAUACAAAGCUCCGAGAUCAGCUGCAUCCCCUGGAUAUAUAUGUAGUAAUAUAGUUAUUACUGUAUAUUGGCAUAAAAAAUGUAUAAUCUUAUAUUAUUGAGACCUAAACAUAAUAAAUAAACCAAAGUAUAUACAAGUGAUACAUAUGCUAAUAUGCAAGCCAGAAAUAGACACCAUGUAGGGAAAACAAUCCAAAUCCAUAUAAGGGUGUGAUACCCAAUCCUAAAUAUCAGCUUUAUUAACAGGUGUAUAUGCUACAUAGGAGGGGAUCCAUCCCAAACCAAUUCCCUAACACUGGGCUAUUUUCAGAUUAUCUCUAAAUACUGCUCUGCCUUAUCUUAUAAAAAUCUGUACUGUGCUAGUAAUAAGAAACACAUCUUGUGUAUAGUAACGUGCUAUAUUGAUCUAAGCACAGUCCCGGACCCUCAGUCAUAAAUCAGCAUCUAUAGAGUUAAAUUGCAGACAGAGCUAGGAAGAGAGAGUAUUGUCUAUAAUAUGUGAUAGGGAGAGAAUGCAGUAUAUAGUGAGAAAGUCAGUGUCUAAAACACUGACAAGGUAAAUUAAAAGCCUCUCUCCCUGGUAAUCUAACUAGACAGGCAUAGAAGCAGAGGAUAGAAAAGUGAAAAUCAAAAGAAUCAAUAAAUCAAAUGAAAGUCAUAGUGCUCAAUCCACAAAUGCCCAAAAAUCAUGGCUAAAAAUAAGAAAAAACACAUUUGGAGUAAAAAAUGUCAUUAAAAAUCCCUUUACAGAAGAUGAAGUGCGCAAGGCAAUCUUAACCCUUCCAAAACAAAAAGCACCAGGCUCAGAUGGGUUUUCUAAUUAUUACUAUAUUAAAAUGAAAUCCAUUCUAACACCUUACCUUACUGUACUUUUUAUUGAUAUAAAACAUUGAGGCAAUAUACCAAAAGAAAUGUUGGAAGCAUAUGUAGUGAUGUUUCCGAAACCAGGGAAACUACCCAUUGAGGGUGCAAACUUAAGGCCUAUAGCGAUUUUAAAUGAGGCUAUAAAACUAUAUGCCAAAUUAUUGGCUAUGCGCAUUAAACCCUUAUUAGAUGACCUUGUUUCAAGAGAACAGGCUGGGUUUGUGCCAAAUAGGCAAGUAGGUUAUAACACCAGAUAUUUUAUUGAUCUCAUUGAAUGGGCACAUAAGACUAAACAGCAAGGUAUAAAUAUGGUAUUAGACGCUGGAAAAGCUUUUUUUUAUCGCUUACAUUGGACUUAUAGGACUAUGACUUUGAGCAAGAUGGGGUUCCCUAUCGAGUUUAUGAAAAGCAUUUUACUCAAUCCCUUCUGCAAAGGUAUUUCAUAUGGUUUUUUUAUCCAAUCCAUAUAAUAUUAAAAAAAACCCAAAAAAAACAGUACCCCCCAAGGUUGCCCUUUUUCACCAAUACAUUUUCUUUUAAUUUUAGAACCUUUAGUGAGGCACAUUAAGCAAAAUCUAGAUAUUUGUGGCUUGACUACACCUGCAGGGGAACAAAAAUUAGCCCUAUUUGCGGAUGAUGUGUUAUUUCUAACUCAGCCAGUGAGGGCUAUCCCUUCUUUGAUCACACUCCUUGAAAGAUAUGGUCGAGUCUCAUAUUAUAAAAAUAAUGGAAAAAAAACUAAAGUUUUACCUAUUGGAUUACCAAAUCAGAAAGUACAACUUUUAAAGGAGAUAUAUAUACAUUUGACUGGCGGAAAAACAUCUCGUAAGUACUUAAGUAUUAACCUGGCUGAAACCAGCAGCUUCCUAAUUCAGGCAAACCAUAAGAAACAUAAGUAUAAAUUAGAACAACAAAUGGACAAAUGGUGGGAUAGGGAGGGAUGAUUAUUAGGCUGUGUUAAUUCAAUAAAGAUGAUGAUUAUACUUUUUCGCACAAUACCCAUAGCAUAGUAAGAAAAUGUCAGUUUAUUAUAAAUACCUACAUUUGGAAAAAGAGGCCUCCACAUAUAUAUAACAUAAUUCAGCAAUGAAACCCUAUGCUUUGGGAGGGCUAGGUAUACCAUUUAUACAAACAUAUUAUAAAGCAUCAAUACUUAUGCAGGGAAUAAAACCUAUUUUAAGUUCUAUACCACAAAUAUGGCUCAUUUUGGAAAACGCAUUUAUGAAACCACAUACGACAGAUCAAUUUUUGUGGACAACUAAGAUACAAACUUCUAGUUAAACUUUAAUACUUUCUAGCUCAAGAUAUAUGCUUCAAUGUUGGAAAAAAAUGGGCUCCUACGCUUAUGGGUAAGGUUACCUCUUCUCAUUAGCCCCUUUACAGAUGUUAACAUAACUGCGGAUCUUGCAGUGGAAUCAUGGGUUAGGAAAAUAAGUCUGAUAUGUGAUGAAAAAGGAAUUAAGUCUUUUCCAGAUCCGAAGAAACAAUUCCACUUAUUACCUAAAGAAUUAUUCACGGAUCUUAGGCUUAAAAAUAUUAUUAUUUUAUUAGGCUUAUACACAAAUAAUAUCUCUGAUAUAACUUCCUUUGACCAUCACUGUAUGGGGAAAACAAAAAAGAGUAAACUAUUAUCUUUGUUAUUAUGCGUUUUCAGAAUUGGGGAAUAAAGGUUAAUCCGAAUCAUAAUUUAAAAUGGGAAAAGGAGUUGGGUAAAGCUUUCCCUAUUUCCCAAUGGUUACAGACUAUUAAGAUAACGAAAAUAGCAUCCCAUAGCUUCUCAGUGGGACGCUUUUUUAAAAAUACAUAUGAGAUGGUACUUCGUACUCCUCAGAUUGGCACGUAUGCAUGUUCAGAUAUCACCGGUAUGUUGGAGAUGUUUAGGUGAAAUAGAGUCCUUACAACAUAUUUUUUGGGAUUGUUCUAGGCUAAAACCAUUUAGAAAACUAUUAGUAAAAUAAUAAAGCCAGAAUGCUUCUUAGUCCAUUUAAUCUCUUCUCUAUCUGAUUUGCCAUGUAGGGUUGUGAUUCUUAAUCUUUUGGUGGCUGCGAAAAACAGUAUUGCGGCUCAAUGGAAAAAAACAUGCCCCCCUUCUUUGAUAGAAGUCUUGGAAAGAGUAGACAACACUUUUCAGUUCGAAUUAAUAGCUCACCAUCUUACUGGUAAAGAACAUACUCAUACUAAAUUGUGGUCUAUUUGGCCAGAGGUGAAAAAAAAUAUAUAAAAGUAUAAAGGAAGGGCAGGGCAGGAAAGAAGGAGUGGGAAGAGAUGAGAGAAAGGGAAGGACAGAAAAAGUAAAAGUUUAUAUAAACAGGUGCACGUAUAUGUAGAUAUAUGUAUAUACGCAUGGGUGUAUGUAUGAAUGCAUAGACGCAUAGAAGUAGAUCUGAACGACAAGCUUGAGUACAAGAUGGAUAUUGAUUUAAAAGGAUAAGAGACGGUAGGAUUUAUACCAAUAAAAAUGACAAAGUUAAAUUAAGAAUAUAUGACUGGAGAUAUAGGGAUGUGGGGUUCUUUUAGAAUUUAAAUGUAUUCAUUAUUUUUAAAAUAAAUAUAAGUAAAAGGAUAUGGAAACUGAGCUUAUAUUUUGAGCUAUUAUUUGUUUGUGUGCUUUAUUAUGUGUUUUAUUUUCUGAACUGGAGAUGUGCAUUUACAAUUAUUGCAAAUAGAAUAUCAAUAAAAAUGAAAUAUUGAAAAAAAAGAAAAUACUAAACCUCUCAUUACAUUAUCUUAAAGAAAUAUUUUAACUUUAAAAAUUAAAGCAUAUGUGCAAGAAUUAAUGUGUGAGGAGUAAAUCCAGCCUUGCCAUAAUAUAAUAGAUUAAUGUUAUAUUUAUUAAUAUAUUUUUUAUUUUGAUUGGAUGUGACAAUAUAAGAAUUGCCUUGAUCAAAUAAAUGAAUGUAUGUUUCCCUCACUUUACAAAGGUUCUUUAUUUUGUAAAACAGGUUAUUGGAAUAGGAGUUGGGGACCUAUUUAAAAGAGCUCCUCACACAAAGGUACUGCAGGAAAUCACCUGCCAGGGUACAAAAGCACAAGGAAUGCAAGUCCUCGUAACGGAAUACUAUGAAUUACUAGAGGAGACCUUCUUUGAAAAUGUCACAAAACAUAUAUGCAAAGGUCAGUUUACUGAAACUGUAUCACAUUUCAGCUCAAUUAAUUUCCUUAAAAACAUUUUGCUGACAAUAUUGAUAUAUAUUUACUUUUUCAGACUCUGCCUGUCCUGAUUUCUCUUGUCAAGGUAAGAAUACUAAUUGAUUUUACACAUUUACAUUAAUGCAUUUAUCCUGUAAAGAGGAACUAUCACUUCCCAGUAAUUUCAAUAAUCUUAUGUCCUUGAAUUGGGGCACCACACGAAAAAAAAAAAAUGUUUUCUCUAAUAGUGUAAUUUCCAGAAAAGUUAUAGUUCCCUUUAAGCACAAUCUUUAAAAGUAAAGGCUGCACCUUUAAAAGAAUAGUAGUGUUACAUGUUUCAGAUAAAAACUGUUUUAUAAUAGCAUAAUGUUUGAUUUUACAAGUUAACGAUAUAAAUCUAAAUUUACCAAUUUCAACUUUUAACCGUUUAUAUAGUUGGGUUGGAAAAUUGGAUAAUCACAAUAUAUUUAAACUUCCCAAGAUACCUAUGUUUCGCAGUCUAAAAGGCAAAGAACAUCCUUUAACCUACCAAUAAAUUAUGAUAAUUGGCAUCCGAUUAUUAUUUGCUGGUUCAAUCUUUAUUAAGUCCUUGCUGUGUGCUACAAGAGAUGUCCUCCUUUUUCAUUUGUAAGAUAAAAGGCUAGAUUUUAAUUACCACAUUUGUAGCUUAUAAUGGUAUUACACAGGUAAUUUACUUAUUUAUAAAAUAUUUUACCAGGAAAGAUACAUUGGGAUUUCUCUCUUUUUUAACCCCUUAAGGACACAUGACGGAAAUAUUCCAUCAUGAUUCCCUUUUAUUCCAGAAGUUGUGUCAUUUAGGGGUUAAGUAUGUCCUGGGUCCACAAAUCAUUGCAUUGUUACAUUAGGGUACAAUAAAAUACAAAACCAAUAUGAAUACACAAUAAAUACAAAAUUUAACAUAGAACAGUAAUAGUAAUAGUGGUCUAUGGUAAUCAAACCAGUUAUUCUCUCUAAAUGUGUUCUAACUUAAUUUUUUUGUAUAUCGUUUCUUGGUAUUUUACACGGAUAUCCUUCCUAUAUGUAUGUAGCAGAGAGCAUUUAAUUUAUGACAACAUUCUUCUCCCUGUCAUUUCAAAAGUUUGCUACCCAGGUAAAAUGUAUUUAUUCGGAUGUGAAAUAGCUUUGAAAUUAGAUUGCAUGUGUUUCAGUGCUUUGAUUUAAGUUUCUGUUUAGGAGGUUUGUUUUGUUAAAUAUUUUUCUGUGCAAGCCAUGUUGAUUGAAACUUCUUUUAUUGCAGUUGAAUUUGAAGAACCUACAGAUAUUGUGUUCCUGCUGGACGGUUCAAGCAGCGUUGGCUACGAUAACUUUAAAAAAGUGAAAGAAUUUGUUAAAACAGCAAUUACCCAUAUCCUAUCAGAAGAAAUGAAUAUAAAUAUAAUGCUGAGAGUAUUGGUUGUUCAGUAUAGCAGUGCAGGCCUGCAGAAGGUAGAAGUCCCAUUUACCAGUAAAUUAGAGGAUGCUGUGUCGGGGCUAUCAGGCAUCACAUAUAUGGAAGAGUCAACAGACUUACCAGCUGCUUUAAGGUUCCUUACAAACUAUCUCAAAACUAAUGGACGUCCAAAUAUCCUGAGAAAGUUUAUAAUAUUUUCAGACGGCAGAUCUUCAGGAAUAGCACAAAAGCAAAUCACAGCGCAGGCUGCAGCCACAUUAAGCCCUAGAACUGAACUGUUCGCAAUUACUGUAGGGAUAUUUAAUGAGGUGGGAAUUUGUCAACUUCUCAGUGGCAAAGAAAGUGAUUUUAAAUAUGAUCAAAUAGAGAAAAGAGUGUUUCGGGUUUCAGAAUACAGUGACUUAUUAAAAAGAGUCACCUUGCAGAGCUUCCUGAUGAAAAUUACAUAA